UGUGUCGUCACAACGGAGGGGCGGAAGAGGCUCAGCUGUUGGCUUGUGUUCUGUCUAGCGGAGGCCGAUACUGGCGUAUCAUGGCGAUCUUUACGCCGACUAACCAGAUUCGCCUGACCAAUGUGGCUGUCGUGCGGAUUCGACGGGCGGGGAAGCGUUUUGAGAUUGCCUGUUACCGGAACAAAGUCAUGGGCUGGCGGAGCGGCGCUGAAAAGGACCUUGAUGAAGUAUUGCAGACACAUACAGUGUUUGUGAAUGUCUCCAAAGGUCAAGUGGCAAAGAAGGAAGAUCUCGUCAAAGCUUUUGGCACAGAUGAUCAGACGGAAAUUUGCAAAACGAUCUUAUCCAAAGGGGAAUUGCAAGUCUCUGAUAAAGAACGCCACACUCAAUUGGAGCAGAUGUUUCGUGACAUAGCAACCAUUGUUGCAGACAAAUGUGUAAAUCCAGAAACCAAGAGACCCUACACAGUCAUCCUUAUUGAAAGAGCUAUGAAGGAUAUACAUUAUUCAGUCAAGCCUGGGAAAAGUACCAAGCAGCAGGCUUUGGAAGUCAUCAAGCAGCUGAAAGAGACGAUGCAGAUUGAGCGGGCACACAUGAGGUUACGCUUCCUCCUCCCUCGGAAAGAAGGCAAGAGAUUGAAAGAGAAGUUGAAACCACUGAUCAAAGUAAUCGAAAAUGAGGAUUUUGAUGAGCAGCUGGAAAUUGUGUGCCUUGUGGAUCCAGGCUGCUUCCGGGAGAUUGAUGAAUUGAUCAGGUGUGAAACCAAAGGCAAAGGAACCCUUGAAGUUCUCAGCCUAAAAGAUGUGGAAGAAGGUGAUGAACGCCUGGAAUAAUUGGGUGCCUGUUGCUGUUAACUGUGCAAAGACGGUAUUAAAAGGCAUCCUAGAGUUGCCUCAUUGAGGGUUGACAUUGCUCUUUUCCAUUUUAGGUUUUAUAUAGUUAUUACUAAUCCUCUGUCCCUUUCCCAAGCUUUGACAGUUGGUAUCAACUAAAGGUACCUUAUAAACACACUUAGCUCUUAGAUUACCUGAUAACAAAGGGAUUUUACACUGAGUUUACUCCUAUAUUGCUUGUUUGAGAGUAACUGCAAAGUGACAAUUUUAUGUUAAGUGCCAAAAUGCCUUUCCUUAAAAGCAGGAGGCUUCAAGGAAGGAAUUGACUGCAGAAUUAGCUCGUUUCCUCAAAUCAAGCAAUGUCUUGAUUUACCAGCAGGAUUUGUAAAACAGCCAUUGGUUGCUUUGAAUGAUGUGACUGCACAAGUAUAAUAUUGUCCUAGUUAUAGAAUAGCCCAAUUCUGUGGAUGGUGAUUUACAAGUCACCAGAAGAGUUCAGUGGCCAUCUUUCCAAAAUCAGUCUUGGAAUUUAUUGGGUUUGAACCCAUUAUUUACUCCAGGCAAAAUAUUAAAAAUACUGACUUGACACUGAAACCAGAAGUUGUUGGAAAAUUUAUUUUGAAAGAAAAUUACAAUAACUUAAUUUAGAAAACAUUUGUUAUAACCUUUAAAUCCAAGUAAAAUAAUUAGUUUGGCUCCAGUGAUAUUUUAGUAUUAUUAUUUGUUAUACUAAUUUAAUAUUUAAGAGUAAGCCAAAAGAACAGAGAUCAGUUCAUUGUUGACACAAAACUCUAAAGUGAGUUUGAUGUCUUAUGAAUAAACUAAUAGGGCUGCUGUCAAAAAGAACAAAACAUGCAUUGCCAGAUAUUUGUCAUUUUCUUAUAAUCCUUGGAAUUCAUAGUGCAAACUAUAAGAGGAUUCUUUGAGGAAAGCUGCACUUUUUACUUCCUCAGACACUUUAAAAUUCUCAUAUAUAUUAUAAAUAUUGAUGUAUAACAUCACAAUCAUUUCUAUUAUAGAAUGUCAAACUUAAGUUUGGAAAUUCUUAGAUUUUUAAAAUGAGUUCUCUAAUAACUUAAAUCAAUUACAGUUUAUAAGCUGUCAUUAAUAUGCCAAGGAAGAUACCAAAAGCAUAGGUGAGGAGAUGUUUCCAUGAUGCCUUUCCUGGACUUUUUUUUUUUUUUUUAACAAUAAGCACCUUCUAGCUAUUAUCCUAAUCUCCAACCCACAAAGUUCAGUAGUUUUGUGUCAGUGAUUUAAUUUUUUCAACUACAUGACUAACAAGAACGUCAAGGUCUUCUACUCACAAAGUUUCUUUAUAUGAAUAAAUUUUACUGCUUCUUCUUCUUC